AUGCUUCCCGCCCAGCGCAACAAGAUCGACAUCUCGUCGUUGAACGAAGAGGAGCAAAAGCUCUUCCGACUCUACGGCAAGCUCCCCAAGAAAGAUCUCCUUCAGAACAAGCUUAAGGAGCGCAAGUACUUCGACUCGGGCGACUAUGCCCUCUCGAAAGCCGGCAAGGCGCCGCAACAGUCGGUCGGCACCGCGAUCCCCAACCCAGAGAUGAUCCCGCACGCCUCGACCGUCACUUCUCCGGGCGCAACCGCUGUAUCGCCUCCAGGCUCUUUGCCCGGUCAGCAGGGCGGUCCUCAGUCAGGUCCCGUCAACGUCCCCGGCGCGGGAGGUCUCACCUCUCAUCCUCAGGUCAGCGCUUUCCCCAUCAGCGGAGCCGGCUCGAGCCCUGGCAAAGAGGCGAGCUCGCUUGGACGAGAAGAGCACGUUGUCAACGCAGACGAUGCCAUGCAGGACUAA